AUGAAGUUCACCGCCGUCGCCACCGUCGCCAUGGCCGCUCUGGUCAGCGCCGCCGACAUCCCCGACUGCGCCAAGCCCUGCAUCCUCGAUGCCGCCAAGGCACCCACCACCAACUGCGAGGGCAACUACGCCUGCAUCUGCAAGAACAUCGAGGCCGUCAGGCCCCUGGCCACGGGCUGCGUGAUCAAGGCCUGCAGUGACAAGAUUGCCCAGGUCCUCAAGGGCAUCGAGGACGUCUGCAAGGAGGCUCUGUCCGCCCCCCCCGCCGCCUCGGGCCCCGCCUCCUCUGCUGCUGCCACCGGCGUCGCUUCCACGUCCGUCGCCGCCUCGGUCCCGGCCUCGAGCCCGGCCUCCAAGCCUUCCACUCCCCAGGCUUCCGCCACUGCCACCCACGCCGCCACCGCCGUCUCCUCCGUGGAUUGCAGCACCACCCUGGCCCCCUCCGUCACUCCCCACAAGAACACCACCGUUCCCACCACCUCGGCCAUCGUCACCGCCGGCGCCGCCGGCCUCGCCUCCGUCGGUGGCCUGGCCAUGCUGGCCCUCGGUGCCCUGGCCCUGUAA